AUGGCUUCUUUAUUCGGAUGCUUUGAGUAUCUAAAUUUGUUAAAUCAAGAACUUCAGGCAGCAAGCAGUAGCCCGAUUGGGGUGGACAACUCGCCCUUAUCAUAUCUACUAAAAGGCUACCAAGACCAGUUGGCUGUGCUCAGAAUGCUUUCUGAACAGUGCAACUCCAACAUGGGAAAAUUACAAUGAAUAACAUCUGAAAUAAAUUCCCUAAAAGCUGGCAACAAAAAUUAUUCGGUUAUAAUACCAAGGGAAGAACCAAUUGCAAGCGAGUUUUUACUUGAAAAACUCUGUGGAGAGGCGCCAGACUGACAGUACUCACUUGAGCUACUAAACGAUAUUCCUCACCCAGUAUUCAAAGAAAAAGCCUUUUCUAUAGUAGCGCAAAUAACAGACCAGGAAGGGAACAAAACCACCCUACCAAACCCUGUACAUUUUAAAAUUCUGUUAUUCACAAAUGAAAACCCACCUAAGCUGAUGGAAACGACCACAAAUGGGGACAAAAUCAUGAGAGGGACGGUGGAUGUAGAGUCAGACAGUGUUCUGAAUUAUAAGAAAAUUGUAAUUAAAGAGGUUACUUCACAUUAUAGGCAUGGGAGUUUCUUUUUGGUAGUAGCACCAAAGGAAGCUCCUUAUAUCAAACCACUUAUCAUUGAAAAUUUAGUGGUCAAAGCAAGAAAAGUUGGUCUAGAUGCCAAGCCAAGGAAAAAGCAGAAAAUUGAAGCGAAUCAAUAA